GUUCACCUAACAGACUGAAACGCCAUCUUGAACAGAUAUGGGGGUUUAAACCUAAACCGGGAGAAAACAGUAAAGAGGACAUAAACUGUUAUUUUCGCUUCUGUUGUAAAUCCACUCGGGUCUCCCCGGAAUAGAUAUAGUCGUCGUUUUGGGCGUUUAUAUCUGAAAAUAAAGGCGCAUACGUGAGGAAAUCUGUGAGGCACUUGUUAGCCUCUACCCUGCUAGCAAGGGGGAGGGGCGGGGGUGGGGGUUUGGAGGAUCUUUUUUCCGCAGCCGAAGUUGUUUGUUUAUGUUAUUCGAAACGGACAUGUCCUCUUCAAACCAAGAGUUGCCAGACCCUAAUCUGGGUAUGGGGGCAAGUGGGACCCAAGGAAGUGGCGGGGCUGUUGUACCAAAAGGGACCAACAAAAGAAGAGCUGCGCCAGACUUUGAUGACGAUGAUGAUGAUGAUGAUGGAAACAAAUUGUUCAGGUGUGACGAUGAAUCAGGAGGCGGAAAUGACAAAGAGCGUUUUGCCAGGGAGAACCACAGUGAGAUUGAGAGGCGGCGGAGGAACAAGAUGACUGCUUACAUCACUGAAUUGUCAGACAUGGUGCCCACCUGCAGUGCACUAGCACGGAAACCAGACAAACUAACCAUCCUCCGAAUGGCCGUGUCUCACAUGAAGUCUCUGAGAGGAAGUGGCAACACCAACUCGGAUGGAUCAUACAAACCUUCCUUUCUCACUGACCAGGAAUUGAAGCACCUCAUCCUGGAGGCAGCCGACGGCUUCCUGUUCGUGGUGUCAUGUGAGACCGGCCGCAUUGUUUACGUCUCUGACUCCCUGACACCCGUCCUCAACCAGGCUCAGUCUGAGUGGCUGGGGUCCUCCCUGUACGACCAGCUGCACCCUGACGACACAGAGAAGCUCAGAGAGCAGCUCUCUACUGCAGAGAAUAACAACACAGGGCGGAUGUUGGACUUGAAGACAGGAACAGUGAAGAAGGAAGGCCAGCCGUCGUCCGCCAGAAUGAGUAUGGGAGCCCGACGAUCAUUCAUCUGCAGAAUGAGGUGUGGCUCUUGUCCUGUGGAACCGUUGUCCAUGAACAGACUGAACUUCCUGAGGAAUAGAAACAGGAAUGGUUUGGCUACAGCCAAGGAAGGGGAGCCCCAGUAUGUAGUGGUCCACUGUACAGGAUACAUCAAGUCCUGGCCUCCUUCAGGAGUUUCCCUAGCAGACGAUGACUCGGACAACACUCAGGGGAGUCGCUACUGUCUGGUUGCCAUUGGGAGAUUACAGGUGACUUGUUGCCCGGGUGACACAGACGUCAACAGCCUCAGUGUUCCGGUGGAGUUCAUCUCGCGCCAUAACUGUCAGGGCAUAUUCACCUUCGUGGAUCACCGCUGCUUAGCCGCUGUCGGCUACCAGCCCCAGGAAUUAUUGGGGAAGAGUAUUCUGGAUCUCGCCCACGCUGAAGACCAGGGCUUACUGCGAGACGGCUUCCAACAGGUGGUGAAGCUGAAGGGCCAGGUCAUGUCAGUCAUGUUUCGGUUUCGCUCCAAAUCCAGAGAGUGGAACCUGAUGAGAACCAGCUUCUUCACCUUCCAGAACCCGUUCUCAGAGGAGAUUGAGUAUAUCAUCUGCACCAAUGUUAAUGUCAAAAACUCGACUCAGGACCCCCUCACUCCCAUCUCCUCCCCAGGGGGUUCGCUGCCCCCCUCCCUGGGUCAGGGCAGCCCGAGCUGCCCUCCUGUAAUGCUCAGUCCGGGGCACAUGGCCGGCAGGCAGCUACAGCAGCAGCAGGCGGAGCUGGAAGGAGGCGGAGCCAGAGACGGUCUGUAUGAGGCCAGACCGAUCGCCCUCUCACAGGUGCCGGUGCUGUCGGUGACAGCAGCGGGACCCGCCCACAGCAAUAGCCUGGAGAAGCGCGAGCUGUACCCCUCUCUCUUCCAAGGCCCCGAUCAGACCAAGGGCCUGCCCUCCACCUCUACCCCCGCCACACAGAUCUACCCAGCAGCCAAUAACUUCGCUGCUGGUCGUUCCAAUGAUGCAUACAGGCCGGUCCCCAUGGCCCCACAGAUGGCACAGCCAGCACACUCGGCGGGGCAGAUGCUCGCUCAGAUGUCCCGUCAGAACGUAGUCCCUCAGUCGGUGACCCCCUCCAGCACCAACAGCCCCAUGCAUGGGUGCCCAGCAGGAAGCUGGCCUGGUGCGGCCGCUGGAGUCAGACCACAAGCACAGUUUAAUAACCAGCAGGUGGCGCCCCAGGCACCAAAGAUCAUGUCCCCACAGUUUGCUCCCAUGGGAGGAUAUGGCAGUGGCUCUUCCAACUCUUUUGGCCAGAUGCCCACAGGAGUUGCUCCCACCCCCACCGUCAAUGGAAACUACCCGCCCAUGAAUGCGCGUGCCAUCCUCAACACCAAUGGUUAUGAUGGCGCUCAGUCUGCGGCUCAGUUCCCCCCCCGGGCGGCGGAGGCAGUGUGGCCCCAGUGGCCGGGCCAUCAGCUCUCGCAGAGUAAUGCAGAGCAGCAUCCUCAUGCUCAGGGCAACCAGCAAGACAUGUUUCCUGAUGUGUUGUCUAUGCUGGACCAGCCGGCCAACUUCAACGGCGAUGACUUUGAGAUCCCUAUCUACCCUUCGUUCGACCAGUGACCUGCUCCACACUUAUCCGCCGGUCUACCCCUUUGUCCUCUUGAGGAUUUUGCCCUCACUAGCUUUUAUAUGAUAUAGCUCUUAUUGCUCUUCUGCUCCGCUUUUCUUCCUGCUCCUGCGAGUAGCACUCUCCCCUUGCUUUGCAUGGCUUAAAUCGCACUGCCACAAGCCAGUUAAAGACGGGGGGAUAUAUCUGACUGCAGAUAUCAAGGGGAGGAAAAUCAAGGACAAAAAGAUAAUAUUCCAGCCAUUGAAAGAGAAUUCUCUAGCUAGCACUGCCCAAAGGUCAACAACCUAUGUUGUAGAUAUGUGAGAUAAAUAUAAAUAUAUAUAAAACAUAAAUAUAUAAAAACGCACAAUCACCCAACCACACUUGAAUAGACUGUACAAAAACACUCCGGUAAACAUACACAGGAAGUAAACACACACACACACACACACACACACACACACACACACACAAAACGGCCUUUUAGAUGUUCUAGAUGUUCUCAGGCUUUGAUGACUGGUGUUUUUUUGCUGUUUUAGCAUUUAGACUAAUCGAUUUAAUCAUUGAUUUAAACUCAGGAAAUUGCAGGGAUAUACAGCUUUGGUGAUUUAUUUUAUUUUUGUAAUAUCUCAGCUGUUGCACGCAAACCACCACUGUCUGUGCCAACCCGACUCACAGUUUGAACUCCACAGCAUGACUUUGCAUGUCUCUGCGCCGCUUUCAUGGAGCGAUUCUACAAUGUGUAGAUUUAUAGUUUAUCCUCUUGAGGAACACGUGAGGUUUUUCUUCAUUGAAUGAUGUCCUUCAAUAACAACAACAAACACAGUGUGACAAUGGCUACUCACAGUUGUCUAGGUGCUCGUUGGAAAUGUAUACAAUCUACUUUUCCUUGCCGACUUUAACAUGUAUACAGUUUGCAUGUGUUUAUGUAUGUAGCAUUGAUGCGUACAGGAUCAAUAUCAACUAUAACACAGUUGUAGGGUUUCUGACUUGCUUCAUAUUCUUCUUUCUUUCGCUCUGCAUUACCCUGUACCAAGUAUGGGCUUUCUUUUACUCCUUUUGUAAAAUAGACAUAAAGAAAGAAAUCUCACAGCAAUGAUUAACAAGCAGGAAUUGUGUAUCUUUAAAGCCAUUCUUUAUUUGUUGUCGUAACUGUUUUCCUUGAUGAUUUUAAAAUGAAGAGAUGUGGUAUUAGUGUCUGAUUUAAUUGAAAUGCUUCCUGAGUAUUUUCUUGUUAUUUUGAAACUUGUGAUCUCUUGACGUCUGCAUUGCCCUAUUCUGAUUGGUAUUUAAUUAAGGGUUUGAUCAGGGUCUUCAGGAUUAAAAUGGAAUGAACAGAGCUAAAAACAAUCUGAUCUACAAGUGAGAACGCCCAAAGCGUUUAUGUUGUUCUCUAGUUUGUGAGAAACAUUUGGAUCCGACCGUCUGUGUUAUACAAUCAAUUUGUGUGGGAAAGUUUGUAAUAUAGAAGAAUGUUGUUGGGUGAAAGACGAUGCUUCUAAAAAUAUUUAGAUUUUUAAUAUGUGGAAAUAGUUUCAAUUUGACCCUUUUUAUUACAUGUUCCCAUUGUCUGUGUGGAACACUUUUUGACAAAUGACUUGUCUGUAAACCCAUGUUGAUUAUUGUCCAGUGUUCAUCUUGGAGAGGAUGGACUGUGUUAUCUUUGUUAUUGUUUGCUCUGUAUCCAGGUUGUUUUUUCCAAUGAUGUGAACUUUUAUCACUCAUAGAAACACAAAUAUAUAAAUACAAUGUAUAUGAAAUGUUAAACGAGAGAGAAAGAGUUUGUCUUUUUUGUAUUAAAUUGUUGAAAUGAA